AUGCCUCACUACACCCUCCCCAUCCAGACCCAAUCUGGCAUCAACUCUCCCAAAGGACCACCUUCUCACAUCUACAACGUCAGCGAUCCUCCAUACCAAGGCCAACUUCCCGCCGACCGACACGCCUACUCGCAAACCACCUCCGACACAGCAAUAGUCAUCGACAAUGGCUCCUCUUCCGUCCGCGCCGGCUGGCAGACCGACGCGACUCCCCGCCUGCAAUUCCCACCGCUCAUGGCGCGCUAUACCGACCGGAAAUUGAAUCGCAAACUCAUGUUCAUCGGAAGUGAGAUCUACUUUGACGGCACGGCGCGUGGACAGGCGAAGAAUGUGUAUGAGCCGGGGAGCAACAUUGUCAAUAACUGGGAUGUGCAGGAGGGGGUGUUGGACUACAUUUUCUUGAAGCUGGGCAUUGAUGGGUCAAAGGGAGCGGUCGACCGGCCGGUGGUCAUGACGGAGCCGCUGGCAAAUUUGGGCUAUACGAGGAAGGUCAUGAGUGAGAUUCUCUUUGAGCUGUAUAAUGUGCCGAGCGUGGCGUAUGGUGUGGACUCGCUAUUUAGUUAUGACUACAAUGGUGGGAACACGGGGUUGGUCGUUUCGAGCGCGAAUAUGAGCACGCAUUUGAUACCGGUGGUGGACAAGCAACCGCUCAUCAGUCAUGCGACACGCCUGGACUGGGGACGAUCACAUUGCGUGGAGUACCUGCAGAGGCUUCUGAAGACGAAGUACCCAGGACUUCUCACCUCUGGUAAGGUCACAGAUACACAGAUUGAGGAUCUUGUGCGGCAACAUUGCUACGUCAGCCAGAAUUACGACCAGGAGACCGUGAAGAUGCUGGAGUGGACAGGCUUGGAGGAUCGUGAUCACAUCGUGCAGCUUCCAUUCACCGAGAAGGAGGUGAUCCAAAAGACGGAAGAGGAAAUCAAGCGGGCAGAGGAGAAGAGACGAGAGGGUGGAAGAAGGCUACAAGAACAAGCAGCGAAGAUGCGUCUGGAGAAGCUGGUCAGGAAAGAGCAAGAGCUUGAGUACUUCAAGCAGCUGCAAGGACAAGUACAAGAAGCAACGACAAAGAAGGAGAUCAGAUCAUUACUGGAAGAAGAUGAGUUCAAAGAUGAAGCCCAGCUCGACCGCAAAAUCAAGGAAAUGGAAAAGAGCAUCCGCAAGCAACGCAACAAAGACGUCGGCGAUCUUGAAGAAGAAGCCGAAGAACCACCAACUUACCCUCUCCUCGACGUCCCCGAUGAUGACCUAGACGAAGACGACCUAAAAGCCAAACGUCAACAACGCCUCAUGAAAGCCAACCACGACGCCCGAGCACGAGCCAAAGCGGAGAAGGACGCCGAAAAAGCACGACAAGCAGAAAUCCAACGUCUCGACGACGAACGACGCGAAGCCGACCUCGAAUCCUGGGUCGAAGAACGUCGCGCCGCUCGACAAGCCGCAGUGCAAAAAAUCAAAGAGCGCGACCGCCUGAAAGCCGACCUCGGCAACCGCAAAUCCCAAGCCAGUCAAAUGCGAAUGAAACAUAUCGCCAACCUCGCCUCCGACACACCAACGGGCCGCAAACGCCGCCGCGGCGGAGGCGACGACGAUGGUUUCGGCGCCGACGACGCGGACUGGGCGAUUUACCGCGAAAUCCAAGCGGGCAAAGACGACGACGAGGAUGACGAAGAAGAAGACCUCUCCGCCACGCUCAAGAGCAUCGAAGCGCAAUUACUGAAAUACGACCCGGACUUCACCGAGCAAAGCACACAAGAAGCCCAACGAGACUGGACAAAGUCUCUCCUCCACUCCUUCGUCCGCGGACCCUGGCCGUUCGACGCCGAAAGCGCGCGCGAAGCAAACCAAUUCCACCUCAACGUCGAGCGGAUCCGCGUGCCCGAAGUCGUGUUCCAACCGGGUAUUGCGGGGGUGGACCAAGCGGGAAUCGUGGAGAUUGCAGAGGAUAUUCUCACGCAGCGACUCGCCAACCACCCCGCGCGAGAUGGGAUUCUGAAAGACGUGUUUGUGACAGGAGGAUAUACGCUGUUCAAGGGGUUUGAGGAGAGACUGCGGGAUGAAUUGAGGGCUGUGUUGCCGGUUGAGGCGGAGUUGGGGGUGAGAAGGGCGAAGGAUCCGGUGUUGGAUGCGUGGAGGGGGGCGGCGAGGUGGGCGGCGAGGGGGGAGGGGAGGGGGAGUUUUGUGACGAGAGGGGAGUGGGAGGAGAAGGGAGGGGAGUAUAUCCGGGAGCACAAUUUGGGGAAUGUGUAUUCGUAG